AUGGAUCCAGCAAUCAUCAUGACAAACACACCCGAGGAAGCACUAACAAGCAACGGUCGUACAGCAACGGUCGAGCCACAACGACCACAAUUCACACAAGCAAGUGAAGAAAAAGCAUUCAAUGAAAUUUUGGAGCUCGUUGAGAAGGACCGACCAAAACUGACUCGCUAUCAAGAGUAUUAUGUUUUUGGAGCAGAACCAAAUUAUCAUUGUUUAAUACGAUAUCUUAGGGCUCGUGAUUUUGAUGUGAAAAAAUCAUAUGACCUUUUGAAGAGUACUCUCGAAUGGCUUGAAGACUUUAAGCCAUAUUUGAUAACAGCUUCCAAGAUGACAAAGGAAGCAGCUACUGGAAAAAUAUUUUGUCGUGGAUUUGAUAAAUUUAAUCGGCCAGUGGUUUACAUGAGUCCUGGAAAAGAGAAUACCUAUGAUGGAGAGGGUAAUAUUCAACUCUUGGUGUACUCGUUGUUUACCGCUGUAGCAAGAAUGCCUCCUGGUGUGUCACAAAUGACUUGGAUAUGCAAUUUUGAAGGAUAUACAAUGAAGAAUGCACCAUCUCUCAGCGUCUGUAAACAAACAGUUUCAAUUCUAAGUAGUCAUUUCCCAGAACGAUUAGGUGUUGCUCUAAUUGUAAAUCCUCCCAAGGUGUUUUCAUGGUUUUGGAAAUUAAUUAGUCCAUUCAUUCCACCCGUGACAAAAGAAAAAAUCAAAUUUUGCAACUCCUCCAAGAAGGAAGACAUGAUUGAAUUCUUUUCCCCAUAUUUCACACUAGACAUGCUUCCAAAGGAUUUUAACGGAAAUCUUGAUAAUACUUUCACUGAGGCAGUGUGGGAAGAGGAAAAGAAAAUUGAUGAUACCAGACUUGAACGAAUUGCUCACAUUGUCGACGUUUCUGAACUUUACAAUAAUCCAAAGAAAUAA